UCCACAAAGCCCUGAAAUGUAUUCAUAAGAACAAUGCGCUGCUUUUACUUCUUUCAGAUGGUCCAGAAAACGUGUCUUUGUCGAUUGGUCCAGCCACCGCCCUGUCCAACGGGACCCUCAUCGUCAAUCGGGGUUCGACAGUCUCCUUUAACUGCUCCGGCUCCUCCUACCCCUCCCAGCAGCUGACCUGGGCCUUCAGAGGAGCGGGGUCCAGCAACCAGUCGCUGGCCUCCGCCCCCGGACCCUGGCUAGACUUCAGGAUCCAAAACGUCCAGCCCAGCGCUCAGGGAGUCUACAGCUGCAAGGCCAACAACACUGUAUCUCUUCAGGCAGCCAAUAAGAGCACAGAGCUGCUGGUAUACUAUGUCCCGGACCGACACCCUGAGUGUGUGUGGGUGCUGGCACAGGACCCCUCCCACGUCCUCUUCAACUGCACCUGGUUCGGAGCGUACCCCGCCCCGAAGCUGCUCUGGGGGGAGGACCAGGGGGACCAGGCGGCCGGCUGGAAAGGACACGUUUAUAAAUCGGAAGUGACGGAGAGCCUGUCUGUGGUGCUGAACCGCUCCAUGCUGGAGGACGGGCAGACGCUGCGGUGCGCGGCCCACCACCCGGCGAUCGCUGCGGGGAAACAGAAGUCGUGCUCCUUCAACCUCAAAUAUCCGUACCCCAAAGGCGAGCCGAUGGCCACGGCUCUCGAGGGGUCCAGCAUUACUCUAACCUGCACUGAGGACGUCUCCAUCCCCCCUGCAAACACCACCUGGAGGAAGGGGCUCCAGCAGGAGGACAUCGUCCCCGGAUCCAAGUAUGUCCUGACGGAGGAAGGCGCCGUCCUGAAGCUGACCAUACACAACAUCAGCAAGGACGACGAAGGCGUGUACUUCUGCCGCAGCGAGAACCCCCUCGCCGUGCGCGAGCUGGAGGUCUACCUCACUGUGAAGAACUCCUCUGCAUACACAGGAGGUGUCAUCGGCUUCUUCAUCGCUGCGCUGAUCGUGGGAAUAGCCGCCAUCGUGGCUAAAACAAUUUACUCCAGCCGACACCGCAUUUGCCUUGGAGAUGGCUUUGGGCGCAUUGAGGAGGACCAAGGAGACGUGCUGAGUCUGGUGGAGUCGGAUGAUGAGCAGAUCUUUCAGGACGCUGUUCCCCGGCUGCCUCCGAUAACCAACGGACUCAGAACAACGCUCGUCCAGAUACAUCGAAUCCCAUCCAGUGAUCAUGAGGACACAGAAACUGCUGACCAGAGCCCGCAGGACGAUACUGUACGGAUAGAAACGUCAGCGGAUCUUGUAACAUUUUAGGUAUCGGGUGUUUUUUAGAUACGUGUUUUAUUUGAGGUAAAUACCUUUUUUCUCCCAAGGACAAUGUGAACGGAAUCGGUGGAAGAUACAUGUAUAAUAAAAGAAUCAUCUAUUUGAA